CGAUAUCGGCUCCUACACGGUGCGGGCGGGCUAUGCCGGCGAGGACUGCCCCAAGGUUGAUUUUCCCACAGCGAUUGGUGUGGUACUGGAGAGGGACGAUGGCAGCACGCUGAUGGAGAUAGAUGGUGAUAAAGGCAAACAAGGGGGCCCCACUUACUACAUAGACACCAAUGCACUGCGCGUCCCAAGGGAAAACAUGGAAGCCAUUUCGCCCUUAAAAAAUGGAAUGAUUGAAGACUGGGAUAGUUUCCAGGCAAUUCUGGAUCAUACGUACAAGAUGCACAUUAAAUCUGAAGCGAGUUUGCAUCCUGUCCUAAUGUCAGAAGCACCAUGGAAUACCAGGGCAAAGCGCGAGAAAUUGACAGAACUGAUGUUUGAACAUUACAACAUCCCUGCUUUUUUCUUGUGUAAAACUGCAGUCCUGACAGCCUUUGCAAAUGGCCGAUCGACAGGCCUGAUUUUGGAUAGUGGAGCAACACAUACCACUGCAAUUCCGGUGCAUGAUGGAUAUGUACUUCAACAAGGCAUUGUAAAAUCACCUCUGGCUGGCGACUUUAUUACUAUGCAAUGCAGAGAACUGUUUCAGGAAAUGAACAUAGAGAUAAUUCCUCCAUAUAUGAUUGCAUCAAAGGAAGCAGUUCGAGAGGGAUCUCCCGCCAAUUGGAAGAGAAAAGAGAAAUUGCCUCAGGUCACAAGAUCUUGGCACAAUUAUAUGUGUAACUGUGUAAUUCAGGAUUUCCAAGCCUCUGUCCUUCAAGUAUCCGAUUCAACCUAUGAUGAACAGGUCGCUGCACAGAUGCCGACAGUUCAUUACGAGUUCCCCAAUGGUUAUAAUUGUGACUUUGGUGCAGAACGUCUAAAAAUUCCAGAAGGAUUAUUUGAUCCUUCCAAUGUAAAGGGCUUAUCUGGCAAUACAAUGCUGGGUGUGAGCCAUGUUGUUACCACAAGUGUUGGAAUGUGCGAUAUAGACAUCAGACCGGGCCUUUAUGGCAGUGUGAUUGUAGCAGGAGGAAAUACUCUUAUACAGAGUUUUACAGACAGAUUGAACAGGGAACUCUCUCAGAAAACCCCACCGAGCAUGCGGCUCAAGCUGAUAGCAAACAACACGACAGUGGAGCGGAGGUUUAGUUCAUGGAUUGGUGGUUCAAUUUUGGCUUCUCUGGGUACUUUUCAGCAGAUGUGGAUCUCUAAACAAGAGUAUGAAGAAGGAGGAAAGCAGUGUGUAGAAAGGAAAUGCCCUUAGACCUCUCACUGUGAGAAACUGCUGCCUUCCCAGUGCUCCUUAUGUUUUAUAGCUUUAGCAUACUCAGGAAUGGGACGGACUCUUUUUUGUAGUACUGUUUUUUAAAUGCACCGAGCUCCAUUUUAACAAACCUUUAGCUAUUGUUUGAAAGGCCUAAGUGGUACUAUCCCAAAAUAUGGAUGUUUGCAUCCUUUCUAAAGCAAUAAUUCUUAAAGCAAGCAUUUUAUAAUUUUGUAUAAAUGUCUAUUUCCUCUAAAAUCUUUUUUCCUAUGAAUAGCUUUACAGGUUGACUCAGAGGCAAAAAUCUUGCAAAUGCCUUGCAGCAGACUUAUGAGAUGUCUCAUGUACUUUCAGAGUAGUCUUCCUUGUUGAUCUGUUGGCCUUAAAUGCUCUAAUUUCUUUUAAAAAAUAAACACAAAUGACCCUG